AUGUCUAUCACUUUAUUCUGCCUUGUUAAAGGAAAUAAGUCCGCGAACGCUUUCUCUGUUAAAAUAAGCAGGAAUGAACCUAUUAGUGAACUAAAGGAGGCUAUAAAGACAAAAAAGCCACAAACUUUCGCUAACGUUGAUGCCAAUAACAUUAAAUUAUGGAAAGUGCCAAUCUCUAACGAUCACGAUCAGUUGCGGAAUCUUUCACUUGAGGACAGUGACGAGCUGUUGGCAAUAAAUGAUAUAGGAGACUACUGGCCUACUUCACCUCCUAAGAAGCAUAUUCAUGUCUUAGUCUCUCCACCAGAGUCCACCGCCAUUUCGGACGAGGUGUUGAAAUUAAGAGAACAACUUGUCUCGUUACAGACAUUAUUCAACAAGUCCACACAUGAGUUCGAAGUCGUUGUCCACCCGAAACAGAAGGCAAAUAAGUGGACUACAAAUAUCAAAAAAGCGUCUCUUGUCGGCCUCAAAGAUUAUAUACGUAAGAUGUAUCAACCACCCGCACUUGAAAAUGAUGGGACGGAACUCAACUUAAUGAAUGAUAGAAAGAAAUACUUCCCUUAUAAUGAUCAAGACCUUCAUGAGAUGCUCUGCAUAUUCGUAUCAAAGAACAAUCUCAAGUUUACCGUGUUCAUAGAAACACCCUCAAAAGCUUUCUUGGAUUGGUCAUUCCCAAAGUAUAAAGACCUGGAAGAAGAUUCUUCCCGAGCAAUACUUAAACAUCUUAUAGCUGAACUGGAGGCUCGUCUUAAGUCCAUUCCAAUAAAUGGAAACGAAGCAUCGAAAUCGCAAUACGUGUGCUUCUACCUUGUUUCUGGGGUGAAUUUGUAUGAAGGGAAGUUUGAGCUUCGACUAGAAAAAAAUAUCACAGGACCCAACGGACAUGGACCAGUUGAUUUCGCAAUUGAUUUACUCCGAACCAUGAAAAUGGUUGGCGUGAAAGAAGUAAAGGAUGAAGAUAUUUUUAAAGGUAUUGCACAGAAUGCCGUACAACUCGAAUCCGCUUUAUCAAACCGUAAACGUAAGGUGAGCAAGAUGGAAGAAGAUAGUCUGUUUGUGAGUAAGACUUUCGGAAUCAUCACUGAUGCAAAAGAAUGGUAUUUUAUGGAGUGUUCACUCGAUGAUCAGGACAAGCUAGCGUUCAGACUAUCAAAGCCGGUAACUGUUAUAUAUGAUAGUAAGAAUAUGGGCGAAAACGUUGAAAGAGUCCUCGGGCAUAUUGCAUGA